UUCUCCUGUCCCGCCGCCCAGAAACACUCCAGCUCGCGGGCACCAUGAUGUAGCACAGGCUAAGCGCAAACAGCCCCAGGGCAAGCACCACCACAGUGCCCACGCAGAGAAAAAGGCAUCAGAUACGGGGGCUGUUACACAAGCUGAGAAGAAGCAGAAGCCGCCAUCUAAAGCGCGAUCCGCGAACGAUGGCACAGCCCGAUGUCGACAAGCGACUCAAGAAGCUGCACCGCCGAGCCAAACUCCUAGACAGCCAGUUUUCAUGCUGCUGUGGCCUGCUGCGCUUUGGGCUUGACUCCCUUAUCGGCCUCAUUCCGGUUAUAGGCGACUUUGCCGGUGUAUUCCUCGCAGUCACCUACAUGAACACAAUCCGGCGGCAAUUUGACAUUCCGGCGACGCUGGCAUCGCAGAUGACGCUCAACAUUGGUAUAGAUUUUGCCGUCGGGCUGGUCCCGCUGCUGGGUGAUAUUGUGGACACCAUGUUCAAAGCCAAUAUGCGCAACUACAAGAUCGUCGAAGAGUACGUCGCGAAAUCGCGUGCUGAUGCAUCAUUAAGAACCGUUGAAGAGGGACGCGCUGGCCAACACCAUUCAAAGCGGGAUUAUCUGCCCACGGUCCCUCUGAGGAAUGCGGAGCAUAUCACGCAGGCAUUGGCCAACUCGCGCAAAAAGUAGCGGCGGCUCAGCAUCGGCACCGGGUACCGCUGCUUCGUCAUAAGACACCUUGUUUUGUGCGCCUUUUUCAUCCCCAACUUUUGGCUAGCAGCGGCGGUGCUUAUCGCUCCAACCUUUCUGCUUUUCAUUUAU